UCGAGACCUUACUGCCAGGUCUCCAUUUUGGCCAACUUUUCUCCUCCAAACUUUAGCAUGAUGUCUUAUCUUAAGCAACCACCUUAUGCAGUAAAUGGCCUGAGUCUUACUACCUCUGGAAUGGACUUGCUUCACCCCUCCGUAGGCUAUCCCGGUAAGAAUGCUUCUUGUCCUGUAGCAACCCCCAGAAAACAGAGGCGGGAGAGGACCACCUUUACCCGAGCUCAACUGGAUGUGUUGGAGGCACUGUUUGCCAAGACUCGAUAUCCAGAUAUUUUCAUGCGGGAGGAAGUAGCACUGAAGAUCAACCUUCCUGAGUCUAGAGUGCAGGUAUGGUUUAAAAAUCGAAGAGCCAAGUGCCGCCAACAACAACAGCAACAACAGAAUGGUGGUCAAAACAAAGUUCGACCUGCCAAAAAGAAGAGCUCUCCAGUCAGAGAAGUGAGCUCAGAGAGUGGAACCAGUGGCCAGUUCACACCCCCCUCUAGCACCUCAGUCCCAGCCAUUUCCAGCAGCAGUGCCCCUGUAUCCAUCUGGAGUCCAGCUUCCAUCUCCCCUCUGUCAGAUCCCCUUUCCACCUCCUCUUCCUGCAUGCAGAGAUCCUAUCCCAUGACCUACACCCAGGCUUCAGGUUAUAGUCAAGGAUAUGCUGGCUCAACCUCCUAUUUUGGGGGUAUGGACUGCGGAUCUUAUUUGACCCCUAUGCAUCACCAGCUUCCUGGACCAGGGGCCACACUCAGCCCCAUGGGCACCAAUGCAGUCACCAGCCAUCUCAAUCAGUCCACAGCUUCUCUCACCACCCAGGGCUAUGGAGCUUCAAGCUUGGGUUUUAACUCAACCACUGAUUGCUUGGAUUAUAAGGACCAAACUGCCUCCUGGAAGCUGAACUUCAAUGCUGACUGCUUGGAUUAUAAAGAUCAGACAUCCUCGUGGAAAUUCCAGGUUUUGUGAAGACCUGUAGAGCAUACCCUUCCCCUUUUGUUUCUGGUGAUUUUUUUUUUUUAACAUAAUGGGCUGAACAUUCCAGUUUUAGCCAGGUCUUGGUUGAACAAAGACAGUUAGGCAAAAGUAUGUUCAGAUUCAUCUUCUGAUCAAAGCUCUGGGAAGAAAUAGGAGGAAAAAUGAAGGAAGGGCCUUAAAGGAGCAAAUCAACUAGCAACCCAAAGUGGACAAGGCCACUCAUUUACAUAUGACCCAUGUAAUAGAUUUAGCUCUUUAUUGGUUUCUAAAAGUAUGGGGGACAAACAUUCCAGCCGUGGUCAACCAAAUACAAACAAAAGUAACCCAAGGAAAGGUGGGGGUAGUGUCUUUCUUCACCAGAGGUUCCUAGUGUGUUAGCCAAUCUUGGUUAAAUCUUAGGAAUGAACAGUGUCUCUCUCAAGCUCAUUCACGUUUCAUGACCAACUGUUAGUUGGCACUGAAAAAACUUUUCAGGGCUGUGUGAAUUGUGCGACUGAUUGUCCUAGAUGCACUACUUUAUUUAAAAAAAAAUAAUGUUCAUAAGGAGUCAAUAUGUAGUUUUAAAGAGACAAUCAGUGUGUGUCUUAUAUAAAUGGUACAUCUGUUGUUUUUAAUCUGUGCUAGACUUCAAAACUGUGAUCUCCUGUAUUGUAUGCAACCUUGAACUCCGCCUCUGCAGGGGUUCUUCUGUGAUUAAAUAGAUUAUAAUAAGCAAAAUUCAGAGCAACUGAAUCUAAAAAGAUUGCCUUUGGCCAGAGGUGAACUGCACUGAAACUUUUUACAACAAACUUUCACUGAAUGGAAAAAUAAAAUAAAAUGA